AUGACGGAAAUGAGAAACUCCCACGCCGCCCACUCCUCCCCGCCCAACGGCCCCAUGGGCCGUGACGGCGCCGCGCCGCUGACUCCGCGGCAGGAGCGCGCCGCAGCGGCGUGCAGAGCGGAGCUGCGGAAUGUGCUGCAUGAAUGGGCGGCGGAAGCGAGGCGGAGAGAGGCCGAGGCGGCGGACUACCAGGCCGCGGUGCCGCUGGUACUGCCGAGCCCCCACGCUCGGCUCACACGGGAACCUCACAGGCCCGCUAACCCCGCUGAUAGCCCUGAUAGUCGGCCUACAACGGACGAUAGUACCACUACCGGCGCCAAUGGCGCAUGUGAUCCUGUUCCUGGUGGCGGUCCUGCUGGUGCUGCCAGUGGCGGCGGUGGUGCUGCUGCUACCGCCGCCGGCCCGGCAGGCUCCGCCGCGCUGCUUCCACGAGAACCCGCAAGCUUCCCCACGUUGUCCACUCUAGCAAGCAGCUCUGUGUUCCUCCUUCCCUUCCCCUCCCCAUUCAUCUUUUCCAUUCCACUCGCCCUCCAUUCCAUCCUCCCCGGUGCACCAGGGCGCAGAAGUACUGCUGAGAGUUCUAUUAUAUCCCCGAGCAUUGAGGUCCACCAGGGCGCACGAACGAGCACUACUGAGAAGUCUAAUCCCUCCCCCACCUGCCCCAUUUGCCACUGCCUGCAUUCCACCCACCCCCCCCCUCCAGACCACCAGGAGGAGCAGGUUCCUCGCCACGAGGGCGCGCAGGUUCCUCGUAUUCGCCUGCUCCAGGCCACCAGGAGCAGCUCUUUUUUGUUUAGGCGCCUCAAAAGUCACUGCCUGCAUCCCAUCCAACCUCCCCCCCAGGCCACGAGGGCGCGCAGGUUCCUCGUGUUCGCCUACUCCAGGCCACCAGGAGCAGCUCUUUUUUGUUUAGGCGCCUCAAAAGUCACUGCCUGCAUCCCAUCCAACCUCCCCCCCAGGCCACGAGGGCACGCAGGUUCCUCGUAUUCGCCUGCUCCAGGCCACCAGGAGCAGCUCUUUUUUGUUUAG